GCCCACCCCGGGUGGUUGGUUUAGCCGGGCAGUGGCGGGCGCAGGGGAAUCCGGGCCGGCGAGCGCUGCCUUUUCGCCUUCCCUCGGCCAGGCCUGCGAGCCGGCUCAGCCCAGCGGCACCAUGUCGAGCCAGGACGAAGAGGAGGAGGAGCAGCACCGGGCCAAGGAGAUUCUGAGGGGAUUCAAACUAAAUUGGAUGAAUCUCCGGGAUGCAGAAAGUGGGAAGAUUCUCUGGCAAGGAACGGAAGAUCUCUCGGUCCCCGGAGUAGAGCACGAAGCUCGAGUUCCUAAGAAAAUUCUGAAAUGCAAAGCUGUGUCUCGGGAGCUGAAUUUUUCCUCCACGGAGCAGAUGGAAAAAUUCCGCCUGGAACAGAAAGUUUAUUUCAAGGGACAAUGUCUAGAAGAAUGGUUUUUUGAGUUUGGCUUUGUCAUCCCAAACUCCACCAACACCUGGCAGUCGUUGAUAGAAGCCGCUCCAGAGUCGCAGAUGAUGCCUGCUAAUGUUCUCACCGGGAACGUGAUCAUAGAAACGAAGUUUUUCGAUGACGACCUCCUUGUCAGCACUUCCAAAGUAAGACUGUUCUACGUUUGAGAGCCGGCCCGGGCAGGGCUCAGGCCUGGCUUAGUUCCUCCCCCCUCCCCUGAUUCCCGGGGGCCGAAUCCCCAGUUUCUCUCCCCCCCCCCCCCAAGUGGACAGAAGACCCUUUAGGAGAUCUAUAGCUUGGCAAGACUCGUGCCCUCUCUUCCCGCCUGUUGCGGGACAAGGCAACGCUGCAGCACCUCGUAGCCACCCCUGCUCGGAUAUUGAGUAAGGGAGGAAGGACUUUUGGGGGGGGCACCCCAGUGAGCAAGAAGGAUCGAGACUGUAAAUGGGUUUUGGGGGGUAUUUUUUUUUUUAGGUCUUUAUAUGUCUCCGUCCUUAGUUGCCUUCUUGGCAGACUGUCUGUCAGCUCAGUUUCUUCAUCGGCUCUUUAUUUGUUUUACGUUUCGUUUGCUCGGCUCCCCGUCUCUCUUUCUCUCUCUCUCUCUCUCUCUCUCUCUCUCUCUCUCUCUCUCUCUCUUUCUCUCUUUCGUUUUUUAAUUCCGACUCUCCUCUCGGUUUAACUGGUCCAGACUCAUUUCUUCCACCACCGUCCUGUUCCUUGAACUUGUAAAAUAGACUGCAAUAUUCUUACAUAAUGUAAUUAAAAAUAAAUUUCUGAUUGAAAAGCAAAAAA